CAAGAGAGGUGGAUUGACUAUAAAUAUGUAUCGCAAAAAAAUCGUUUGGUUUAUCAAGAAAUUAUGAACGUAUUCUACCACGGAAUAUUUAGAUUUGAUUCACUACAUGCAAUGUACAGGAUGACGAAACUUCAAUACUACCUAAACAUCGUAUUAAUAUUUUAUUCCGGUUUACUUAUACCGCCAGGACUUUCGACUGACAAUGCUGACAAUACCGGGUUAUAUCAAGUAGAUCCGAUACCAGAUGAAGACCAGGAUAAUUUUACAGAAACAAAAGUCAAUUACAUGAAAUUACGAUUUGUCAGCGCGAUAUUCAGACACGGCGAUCGUACACCAGAGGACAAAGAAACUUAUCCAAAUGAUCCCUACAAAGAUGAGAAGUUUUAUCCAACUGGCCGCGGCGAAUUAACUAAUGCUGGUAAGGAAAGAUCAUAUCAAUUAGGACUACUACUGAAAAAAUUGUACGACAAUUUUCUCGGCUCUGUGUACUUUCAACCGCAUAUCUACGCACGUUCCACGCAUUAUGUUAGAAGCAAGAUGAGCCUACAAUUAGUGCUCGCUGCACUUUUCCCGCCCAAUAACCAGCAAAGAUGGCAUAAUGCGCUGCUUUGGCAGCCGACGAAUGUGAGAUAUGUCUCUCCACACGAGGAUGGUCUAAUGAUGCCAUAUUUAUUCCCUAUAUAUAAAGAAGCUUACCAAAAAGUGUUAAACACAGAACUAUUAAAAAGAACAGAAAAAUAUCGUGAUUUAAUGAAAGAAGUGUCGGUGUAUGCAGGACAUAAUAUUACUGAUAUAUUUCGUCUUGGAAUGGUGCAUCACACUAUAAAUGUGCAAUUAUCUAUGAAAUUGGAGUUACCUAAAGCAGCGCGUACCUUACAUGCAAACAAACGACUCGUUGAAGUGAUAUAUCUAAUUGCUAAUCUAUUCACCUACAAUGACGAGCUAAUCAGAAUUGGUGGAGGUACAUUAUUACGGAAAAUAAUCGAGGACAUGAAUGAAGUGAUUAAUGGAACAUCAAAUCGAAAGAUCAAUCUCUUCUCCGGACAUGACGCUAAUGUGGUCGCGAUACUGCGGGCUCUGCAUAUAAAAAAUGAGAUUUACACUUUGCCAAGUUAUACGAGUAGCGUUAUUUUCGAAUUGCGUGAAUGGAAGGGCAAGUAUUUUGUCAAAGUAUUAUAUUAUUGGGGUAUCCCGGCGAAACUAGAAACGCUCUCCAUUCCGGGCUGCACAUUAUUAUGCCCGUACGACAGAUUUCUUAAUUUAACAUCGACGCUGGUAGCAACAGAUGCAGAUCUGAUAAGCCUGUCAUUGAAUUUGAAAGAAGAUGAGUCUACAUUGUAUGUACUUUCUGAACUGUUAAAGACUUGAGAAAUGUAUAGUUCUCGCAAGAUUUUUAUAACAUUGUUUUAAAUUCUAUAUGACUUUGCAAAAUUAUUUAUACUAAUUUCUGUUUCUAAAAUAAAAAAUAAAAAUGCAAUUAACGAAAAUAGUUCAUUUCGAAGUAAUGGAGAAACUUAUACUUAAAAAAAUUAGAGACGUUUUCGACUGACGUAAUCGACGAAGCGUUCUUCUUUCCAAUUAAAUGCUUUAAUUAAAAAUUAAAUUCUUUCUUUCCAAUUAAAUGGUACGCGAUAAAGCAGUGAUAAAU